GGUUCAAUCAACAAACAGCAAGGGUCACAUCCAUUGCGCGACCGUGCGCGUAAAUUGGACCAGGGUAUUCUGAUUGUGAGAUUCGAGCUGCCGUACAAUAUCUGGUGCCUGGGAUGCGAUAAAAUGGUUGGAAUGGGUGUGCGGUACAAUGCGGAGAAGAAGAAGGUGGGAAUGUACUAUACAACGGCGAUACUGUCCUUCCGUUUCAAGUGUCACCUUUGCGACAAUUGGAUGGAGAUGCAGACCGACCCCAAAAAUACCGCCUAUGUGUGUGUCAGUGGACUUAAACAAAAGAUUGAAACAUGGGAAGCGGAGGACGGUGAGAUGACACUGGAUGGUAAGAACUGGCAAGGAGGAGCGUGAAAAGUUGGCUGCCGAUGCCAUGUACAAAUUAGAAAGGGGAAAGGACGAUAUCAACGGUGCAAGGAAGGCCGCACCUACGUUAGCUCAUAUCAAGCACGCGGCCGUGAGUGAAUAUGCACAAUGUUUUAUCGAUGCACCUCACUCCACAGGAC